GAAGACACGGGGGAGAGAGAAAAAAGGAGUGAGAGCGAGUGAAGUGUUGGUGGAAGGGAGGCUUGUAAUGACCCCAGCCGCCUUCACUUCACGGUAGACGCCAAACUGUUGUUGUUAUGAAGGAAAACUAUUAGUGUGCUGCCCUGGGUCCUGUUGCUGGUGCGGGCUAAGGUGUAUAUGAAGGGUACUGGCUAAGGUUAAUGCCUCUUGAUUCACCUAAGGCCUGACAGGAAUGGCAACAAAUGGACUUGCAGCAGAGUGUUUGUAGUGUUUGUCCCUGAAGAAGACUGAAGACACUUGCACCAUGCCUCUUUCUACAGCUGUCCAGGACUUGCCUCACUGUGGAAGAGGACAGAGAGGCAUUGAUUUCUUUUUCAAGAGCUCCCCAGUGUUGACUUCUCCUGUGCAAGAGAAAAGAGACAUUUUAGCAUAUUUUAAAAGGGUGGAAAUAGCAAAGGAUCAAGAGGACCAGAGUUACAAUUCUUCUGUUUCAAACAACACAGAUGAUGCAGAUUGCUCUUUGUUCAGCUCAGAAGAAGAAACUGACAAAAAUGGGAAGAUCAGUAACAAAGAAAAAGACUCUGAUCUGUCUAAAAACUGCAAUAAGAAAGUUAAUACAAAAAACCCUGCCCUUGGAACAAAGGAGACAAGUAUAGAUGUAAUUAAUUUAACUGAUGAUAUUGAACCUGGUGAACAUGUAAGUGCCAAGGAUCAGACUGUGAAGGUGUGCAAUAGCAAGUCACUGAAGAACCCUAAAGAUCAAGGUACAUCUGACAGCAGAAUGGAUGAAAAAGUCUCCCCAGCAGUCAGUGCAGUUCCUGUAUUUGACUGUGAGGAAGGAACUGUGAAGGGUGAGAGUGGCAGUUCAUCUGAGUCAAAGGGCAAGGAGCAUUCAGAGAUUAGCAGUAAUGGAACCACAGAAGGCAAAGGACAGGUGAAGAAUCCAUUGCCACCUAAUGAUUCAACAGAAAAUAAGAAGAAUGCUUUCACUUUUAUGAUGGCCAACAGGACAAGACAGACUGAAACAGGAAAACACUCAGCUGAAGAGGGUGAGUGUAACAGUCAGGAAAGCAAUGAUGAUUGUGUGGUUGUCAUCAGUGGCCCAUCCCAGGACUGCAAGACACCGGCAAAGACUCCUGAGGACGUGAACCCUGCUGCGUCAAAGAAAAAGUUACAAGAAAUUAAGUGUGAUAAGCAAAAAGAAAAUCUUGAUAAAGUUACGGACCUCAACUCUAUAGAAGCAGUAAACACUCCAGUGAAUGUGAACUCUUCUGACCAAAAGUCACAGAAAGUGAAGAGUGAAAGAAAAGAAAAGAAAGAUAAAACUACUGACCUUGAUUCAUCACUUCAGGACUUUGAUUUGACACCGCAUGAUAAACCUAAAAGGAAGAGAAUUAAGAAGCCCAAAAUUAUAAAAGAGGAGAGCAGUGAUAUCAAACCUUGCUUGGAGGAGGUUGCAGAGCCAAGUGUCCCUCCCAGACAGAACCCCGAGGAGAUGACAUCAAACUGUAUCUCUUUUGCUGAUUACAUGAAGAGUGCUUGCAGUGCAGCAAAGGAGAGUGCUGUAAAAGAAAGCGAUGAGCUAAAGGAAAAUGAAGAAUCAGUAAAUAAGUGUAAAGUUAAUGAACCACAGCAGGUCCCAGAUAGCAACUCUUAUAACACCAAGGAUGGCAAAGAAUGCCCUAAUGAUGAUGUGACAGACAUUGUAAACAGUUUAUCGGAGUGUAGCAUGGUGGCAAAGAAAAGGAAGCUUUCUUGUUCUUCAGAAAAGUUAGAUGAGAAACAUGAGGUCCAGACUGAUCUUAAAGAUACAGAAGCAUUGCCUCGGUCAAAGCAGGUGCCGGCCAAGGUGAAAAGAAAGAGGACGCGCAAAAAAAUACUUGUGUCAAGUGACUCCGAAGAGGACUUUAUGACUUCCAAAUUAGCUGGAGCAUCAAAGAAGAAAGGUCCUAAAAGUUGUGAUAAGCUUCCACCUGUUUCUAACAGCACAAGGAUUUCAAGUUUCUUCAAGAAGAUUAAUCAAAAGGAAAAGGAUGAAGAGGAAAAUAAAGUUGUGUUUACUGUACAAGCAGAUGUGCAUGCUCCCCUUGAUGGCAAUAAGGAAACUGAAAGGAAACUUAGCAGCUCAGCCCACACGGAGACUUGUGGAGAAUCAGAGGACAGCUCUUCCAGCAGAAGGAAGGAAGUAAGUUCCAACACUUGCAGUUUAAAAAGAAAUGCAAGAUGUAAGAAGGGUAUGCAGAAUAAUAACUUGGAUGAAUUGAAUAAGAUUGAACUGCUUGAGCAAAUUCCUCCUACAAAACCAUUGUCCAAGAAAGUCCUGAAUAAAGUCUGUGUUAAAGCAAAAGGUGGUAGUGUGGAAAAAACGAGUGACCACACAAACACUGGAGAAUGCAAUGCAGCGAGUGGCAAGGGCAAGGUAACAGUGGCCCCAAGGAAAGGAAGGUUCACAAGGAAAGGAAGUCUGAGUAUAAAAAAAGAAAGUGUUAAAAAUACAAUAAAUGCUGGAAAGAGGUUGCUAAGGAGGAAAAAAACCCGGUCAGUCUCGUCAGAGGAAGAGAGUUCAGAUGAACUGUUCGUUAGAAAGAAAACAAAUGAACCAGCACAGAAUGACAAAGAUAUGACUGUAACAAGCGAAAGCAGCAGCAGCAGCAGCAGUACUAACAGUAGUUUUGUUAGUCUUGAGCCUGAAGAGAAAUCCACCAGCACUGUGCAGUCUUCCCCUGAGGCAAGUGAGGAUGACAAGGAGAACGUGGCGCAUUAUACCUCACAGCUUGUGUCCCGCCCAGGCAAACUCAGCUUACGAUUAAGAAGAGUUCCUGUUCCCCAAGAAGCCAGCAGGAAAGAGAAGAUAAAGCAGAGAAAAGUUAAUAAGAAUACUGAGCAGCUGAAGAAAGCUAAAGGUAUCAAAAAGAAUCAUAAAAAGAGGAAACUACGCACCACCAUGAAGCAGAAGAGUCCCAAGGAAGACGCUGGCAAAGAUACAGCAAACGAUGAUGAAGUGAUAACUCUUGAUGACAGCGACCAUGCGGAUGACAGCACCGGCAAGCAAGUCCCCAAAAAGACACCAACGAGAGGGAAGACCACUCAGACUUUGCUGAAGCCUCUUGCAUCCAAAUCAGCUUCAAAGGGAAGGCUGCAGAAGAAGGAUUUGCUCCUCAGCAGGAAGCACGAUAGGAAGUCAGAGAGUGAGGUGCAGGGCAGCUUGCAGCGCAGAACACCGAGACGUGCUGCUGCCACUGCCAAGAAGUACAUUGAAGAAGCAACAAUUGAUGAUGAAGAUGACAAACCAAAGAAGGCAGAUAAAAGUACCCAAAAGUUGGUUGCAACCAAAGGUGUGAAGUUAGCUCCUAUAUUUUGUAAGAAACCACCAUCACCUGGUGUGGAGCUGCUGAAGGUGGUUCCAUUGUCACCAAGCAAACUUAAAGCUCGCCAGGAAUUCCUAAACUCAAGUAUAUCAGAUGAUGUCAGGAAGCAGCUUGCCGUAGAGAAGAGCAGUGGUGAGGAUGAGGCUCUUGCUUGGCCAUCAUUCCCUGCCGUGAGUCACACUCAGCAGAGAGAUGAAGGGGCUGCAGUAUGGAAUCUGAAAGAUCCUAAAAUACCAUUGAAGAAAGAACCUUCUUACUCUCCUUCAUUAGAAAACCUCACAUUUGCUCAGGAUGAGAAAGUCCUCAGCAGAAGGAAUGCCUAUCAGAAGAGGGUUUCUCUCCAUGUUCCUCGCCUGGAGCUUGGGGACAUUGUGUUUUCCCUGAGCUGCAUGAAGGUGAAGUACCCAGACUUCCCUGUUUAUGAAGUGUUCAAAGCCUACUAUGAGUUGAAAAAGGAAGCUGUUGAAGCUUACCAAUUGGAAGUACAGAAAGAACAGACUGUGGUGAACCUUGAUGACAGUGGUGAUGAAGAAGGAAACUCUGCCAAGAGGAGGAAACGCAAACGCAAGAAUAAGCUUUCCACGUUAGGAAGAGGCAAGCGAAGAAAACUUGGAAGUUGCAAGGAGACAGUGGAAGAGACCCAGCAGGAAGAAGUUCAGGCUGUGUGGCACGAGAGGACGCCUCACGUGUGGACUCAGAUAUUUAUGCCCAAGAAUUCUGAAAUGGUUAUUGGUAAUACUGAAAAUGUGAAGAAACUGAAACUUUGGCUUCAGGAAUGGAAGAACAAGCCCCAGAUCAAGCCUAAAAAGAGAAAGAAAAAGUCAAAAAGAGAUGACUUUGUGGUGUCUGAUGAGUCAACUCUUGAUGAUGAUGAUGAUGAGGGCAUUGUGAGCACCUACCUGCUGUGUGGACCACCCGGUGCUGGGAAGACUGCUGCUGUCUAUGCCCUGGCCAGUGAGUUGGGAUACAAGGUGCUGGAAGUGAAUGCAUCCUCUCGACGCCCAGGCCGGCAAGUGAUGAGUCAGUUGGCUGAAGCUACUCAGUCACAUUCUGUCUCCAAUGCCUCUGCCUCCUUCCAGUCCUCCAGUGCCUUCUCUGCCUUGUUUGCUGCCAAGACGUCAAGCACUAUGGCGACAAAGGAAAAUAGCCAGACGGGAGGCUCCUCAACACAGGACAAAGAUUCCAUCAAGAUGAAAGGUGUAUCUCUUGUUCUCUUUGAAGAUAUUGACAUUGUGUUUGAGGAAUGGGAUGAAGGCUUCAUGUCCACCGUCAACAACCUCAUGUCCACCACCAAGAGGCCCAUCAUCCUCACCGCCUCUCAUGUCUCUCCAAACGUCCUGUCUCAAAUCAAAGAGAGUUUUGAGAUCAUGGAAUUUGUUCUUCCUCCUGAAAAGCUUACUGCCCAGUACUUGCAGUUAGCUGCUUUAGCCAAUGGGUGCCAUGUCUGCUUCCAAGAGGUUGAGGAUCUGGUGCACCUCAAUAAAGGUGAUGUCAGGAAAUCAGUGCUUGAUCUCCAGUUGUUGAGUCAGUCGGGAUCCACCCAUGACACUUGUGACUGUGCUCUGCCUGAGGGAACCUUGGAUAAACACACAACAGAAGACUGGUGGAAGGAGAUAUUCCCUGAAGCAAAAAGCCUUAUUCUCAAGAAACCAAACCAAGUAGAGUUUUAUAAAUUGGGUUUAUUGAGGAGAUUUGAUGCAAAAACUCUUUUUAAAACCUUCACCCCAAAGUCAUUAGAAGACAUUAGUUGGAAGGAAAUUGGAAGUAACAUUAACUGUGUCCUGCCUUUCCCUUUGAGUGGAAGAGAAAGACCACACCCAAGGUACCCUCUGCAGCCUGAUGACUCCCUUCUCAAGAGAUCCAAUUUAUGGCAGUAUGAAAGUUUGAUGUGUUCAGAUGAUGAAGAGGGAAAAAAGGCUGAGCCUGUGACCAAGCAACCUGAAAAGAAAAUCAAGCCAAAUGAUCCCCCUGAAGUUCAUAAAGCUUCUCAGAGCUGUCUAAAAUCAUUGGCCAAUAUGUAUGAUUCAUUGGCUCAGCUGGACAUUAUGAGUUCAUCACAGGUCAUCACUCAUGCUGCAGAAAUUAAAGAUGUUGGUUGGUGGGUUAAGCAACCAACUGCAGGAUUAAGUAACACUCCAAGCCCUUCUCACCCCCAUUGGACCCCUCACAGCAGUGAAGGCAUCAUUCAAGAAAUAGCUCACAGGGCUGUAGCUCGUUGUGUUGGAGAAGUUGCAUCAUCCCUUGAAGGAGUGACUGCCAAAGACUGUCCACAGCUCUGCCUGCCAUGUGAUGUGAGGGACAAGCCAAAAAGCUGUGUUGUACAUUCAUCCAAUAGUGAACGUGAAAGAGCGGAGAAAAGGGGUGUCAUGAGCAGAACAUUUGAACACUUACCAGCAGUGACUCAAGUGAAUCGCAGUGCUGGGCUGGACUACCUUCCUGCUCUUAGAAAUCUGGCUCGGGAAGAUGAGCUUGGGGCGGCACUAGGAAGGGGAAGGCGAGGCAGACGGUUCCUGAGUUACUUCCUACAGCUGGGUUGGAACGUAUCUCCGGAAGACAGAUUAUCAUUAGCUAAUUCCUUGCUUACUUAGUUCUUUGUAGAAUUUUGUUCCACGGAUGUUUGUUACUCUGAUGGUACAGAUGUAUUUCUUUUUUAGAUACCAUUGAGAAAUAUUUCCCUGUAAGCACAUAAUGUAUAUAGUAUUUUCAUAUAAUUUUUAUAUUUACUUAAACCCUGCUUUCUUUUUUAGGAACCAAACACUUUCAAGAUGAGCUCUGUAAUGUUUCCCAUUUCUAUUUUUUUUUUUUUUUUUUUUUUUUUUUUUUUUUUUUUUUUUUUUUUUUUUUUUUUUUACUAAUUGAGAAGAGGCAUCAUGAAUUGUUUGGUGGAGUGUAGAAUCAGAUUCAGGCUGGAUCAGCUUUGCUCAGAGCAGCUGCCUCACCAUGGGAAGGCACUGUGAUAAUGUUCUUUUCAUGUUAAUUAAUCAGUAUAUGUUUGCCUGAUAUAACUUGUUAUGGUUAGCUGUAUUAUAAAUAGAUUGUGAGAAGAGACACUGUAAAAAAAUAUAUAAAAGGCCAUAAUUUUCUAAUUUUGUACUUUUUAUAUAACUACAUCAGAGUCUAGUUACAUGCAGUUUUACUCUUUUUUGUGGACACUAAAUACUACAUUUCUCUUUAUGUAAUCAAAAUUCACUCAUGAAAUGUAUGGAGGAAAUUGUUGACCAUUACUUGCAAAGCAGUAAUAAAACAUGACCUCCUGUAAUGUACUGAUAAGUUCUAUAUACAUGAAUUCUUGUUCUGUGAGGUUUUCACAGAACAUAGUCCUUGAUGUAAAGAGACCCUGAUGUAUGUACUUGCCUGCACAUAAUGUGAUAGUGUGUACAUAGAACUUCUUUUGUUGAGUAAUUGUCAGCACUUACAUAUUCUUUAAAUUUUAUGCAAAAAAUGUAAGAAGUUUUUGCACUUUUCUUUGUGACCAGACUUGAUGAUAACAUUGGGAUUGGAUUUUGUAGAACUAGAGGCAUUGUAGUUUUAUUUUGUAUAGUGAAAACUUCACUCACUUUCCUGAGUGAACUUUAUAAUUUAUAAACAACCAAGUUAUAAUUCCUAUUUUAAUGCACAUUCUGCAACAUUGCUCUAAUCAUAAUGUAAUUUCAAAUAUGUGCAUAGUUUCAAAGUCUGCUAAAUAUUCUGAAUUAGAUUGGAGUAUUAUGACUGCCUAUACAAAAAUUGUAUGAUACUGAUAGUGACUUAAAAAUGGCCUUUGUAUCUGUAGGUGAUUUCUUAAAUGCACAGAACAGAUGGUAUUGAAAUGUUUUGCCUAGUGUAGGAUGUCACCCUGUGCAUUAUUUUAUUUAAUGUUAUUUCUUUUUCAUACAAUUUUUUGAAGCUGCAUUUAGCUCAAGGAAUUCACAUCUUUUAAGGAUAAUUUAUUUAAUGCAAUAUUCUUUUAAAUAAGCGUCACUUUCUUGGAUUUCCACAAAGUGAAGAAUUAGUCAUUGGAGCUUAAUUAGAACUAAUAAAUAAUGGUUAAAUCAAGCCAGCUCUGCCCUUAGGUUUAUGAGUGGGUGUUACUGUUCAUACUUUCUCUGACACUGUUGAUGCUUUCCACUAAUCUCCCUUACCUACAGCAGUCCUGUUUUGCUCACUAUCAUUCAUCACAGUUCCCAAUGCUGCACUCACUCUCCAGCUUAUGUCUUCCUCUACCAGUGGUUAUUUUUCAUUUUUUCCUUAAGUUUUAGGAUCUCACUCAAUAACCAGUAAAGUGUUCAAAUGUAUAUACGCUUCUUUCAAGGCAACUCACACAGUAGUAUUGCAUUUCCUGGUGUGGUAGGAUACUCAAAGUUGAUUGUAAUCUACUGGGGGCCCUAGUCAUCAUCUUGGCUUGACUGGUAAAGUGCCAUGUAUCAGUGAAUGUACUGUCAGGGGUGCAGUUCCCACCCACUCCCUCACUACUGAUUCCAAUCCAUUUCAAACAUCUCUAACAUUUCAGACUAGAUGGUUUGAAACAAAUUGAUGAGCCAUGGGAGAGCAACUGGGGAUUGUACAGUGACAAAGGUGUGCAUUCUAAUUGCUGGCCACUGCAAUGUCAGUGGAGAUAUUAUGAAAAGUCAGAGUGUUUGUCUUGAA